AUGGCUCCCGCACCACCUCCACCUCUGCCUGUCGCAGACAACUAUGCCGCUCUCACAAACCGCAUCUCACUCUCUAUCGCCUCAAGGUCAUCGAUUCUAAAAAAUAUGGCCAGUAGCAGUACUUCUACACCUGUCCGACGCCGUGUUAUUCCUGACGACAACGACGACGAUCUCACACGCGGCACACAACCCAACACCGGAGUCGGCUAUAUCCCCGAGAAGAAAGACGUGCAAAAACCCGCAAACUCCAAGGAGGAAAGGAUGCUGAGGGGUAGACUGGGCAAGGGUGCUGCAGGCAAGGCCAAGAAAAGGGUGGAAGAGAGCGAGAGUGAAGAAGAAAUGGGAAGGAGUGCGCUGGGAAAGAGGAAGAGGCCGCGAAGACAGGUUGUCGAGCCUGAGCUUGAGCCGGAGAUUGAGAAUCAGGUGUUGCCUACAACGACGUCUGAAAGUGAAGGGAAGAAUGGUAAUGGAGCUGAGGUUGAAGAAGCAGAUGUUGAAAUGAAGCACGUUGCCCAGGAAGAGAGUGCGAAUCCUGAGAAGACGGCAGACAAGAAGCGCAGGAGAAAGAACAAGAAGAAGCAAAAGACGGAGAAUGCAGAGGCAGAGGCAGGGGUAACAGUAUGA